CUCCCUUUUCCUUUCCAAUAAGUUAGGACAGGUGGAGUCUGUACAAUCAAUGACCAUCUUCAACCUGGGACAGGACAGAGGCAAACUAAAAUACUUUUCAUCUUUUUGACUCCAACAACAUCCAUGAUGCCCACCCUGUGAAAGACUCACUAUCUAAAAACUUCUCUGUUCCAGUUGUGCCAGCAGACGAUCCGUGGAUCCAUUUUAUUUUUCCUGCUAGGAGUUGCUGUGCAUGAAACUGGCGCGAUGUCCCUGCUCUUUUCUCGAUGCAACUCCAUUGUCACAGUCAAGAAGGAUAAGAGACACAUGGCUGAGGUGAAUGCUUCCCCGCUUAAGCACUUUGUCACUGCCAAGAAGAAGAUCAAUGGCAUUUUUGAGCAGCUGGGGGCCUACAUCCAGGAGAGCGCCACCUUCCUCGAAGAUACCUACAGGAAUGCAGAACUGGACCCUGUCACGACAGAAGAACAGGUUCUGGACGUUAAAGGUUACCUGUCCAAAGUGAGGGGUAUCAGCGAGGUGUUGGCCCGGAGGCACAUGAAAGUGGCUUUUUUUGGCCGGACGAGCAAUGGGAAAAGCACCGUGAUCAAUGCCAUGCUCUGGGACAAAGUUCUGCCCUCUGGGAUUGGUCACACUACCAAUUGCUUCCUACGGGUGGAGGGCACAGAUGGCCACGAGGCCUUCCUCCUCACUGAGGGCUCAGAGGAGAAGAGGAGCGUCAAGACUGUGAACCAGCUGGCCCAUGCCCUUCACCAGGACGAGCAGCUGCAUGCCGGCAGCCUGGUGAGCGUGAUGUGGCCCAACUCUAAGUGCCCACUCCUGAAGGAUGACCUGGUGUUGAUGGACAGCCCUGGUAUUGAUGUCACCACGGAGCUGGACAGCUGGAUUGACAAGUUUUGCCUGGACGCUGAUGUGUUUGUGCUGGUGGCCAACUCGGAGUCUACCCUGAUGCAGACGGAAAAGCAAUUCUUCCACAAAGUGAGUGAGCGUCUUUCCCGCCCAAACAUCUUCAUCCUGAACAAUCGCUGGGACGCGUCUGCCUCGGAGCCUGAGUACAUGGAAGAGGUGCGGCGGCAACACAUGGAGCGCUGCACCAGCUUCCUGGUGGAUGAGCUGGGCGUGGUGGAUCGAGCCCAGGCUGGGGACCGCAUUUUCUUCGUUUCUGCCAAAGAGGUGCUCAAUGCCAGGAUACAGAAAGCCCAGGGCAUGCCCGAAGGAGGGGGCGCUCUUGCAGAAGGCUUUCAAGUGAGGAUGUUUGAAUUUCAGAAUUUCGAGAGGAGAUUUGAGGAGUGCAUCUCCCAAUCUGCAGUGAAGACCAAAUUUGAGCAGCACACAGUCCGGGCCAAACAGAUUGCAGAGGCAGUUCGCCUCAUCAUGGACUCUCUGCACAUUGCAGCUCAGGAACAGCGGGUUUACUGCCUGGAGAUGCGUGAGGAGCGGCAAGACCGGCUGAGAUUUAUUGACAAACAACUGGAGCUUUUGGCGCAAGACUACAAAUUGCGAAUUAAGCAAAUUACAGAGGAAGUGGAAAGGCAGGUGUCAACUGCAAUGGCCGAGGAGAUCAGGCGCCUCUCUGUGCUGGUGGACGAGUACCAAAUGGAUUUCCACCCUUCCCCAGUAGUACUCAAGGUUUAUAAGAAUGAGCUGCACCGCCACAUAGAGGAAGGACUGGGCCGAAACAUGUCUGAUCGCUGCUCUACGGCCAUCACCAGCUCCCUGCAGACCAUGCAACAGGACAUGAUAGAUGGCUUGAAACCCCUCCUUCCUGUGUCCGUGCGGAAUCAGAUUGACAUGCUGGUCCCUCGCCAGUGCUUCUCCCUCAGCUACGACCUGAACUGUGACAAGCUGUGUGCCGACUUUCAGGAGGACAUCGAGUUUCAUUUUUCUCUUGGGUGGACCAUGCUGGUGAAUAGGUUCCUGGGCCCCAAGAACAGCCGUCGGGCCCUGAUGGGCUACAAUGACCAGGUGCAGCGUCCUGUCCCUCUGACACCAGCCAACCCCAGCAUGCCCCCACUACCACAGGGCUCACUCACCCAGGAGGAGCUCAUGGUUUCCAUGGUGACAGGCCUGGCAUCCCUGACGUCCCGGACCUCCAUGGGCAUUCUUGUUGUUGGAGGAGUGGUGUGGAAGGCGGUGGGCUGGCGGCUAAUCGCCCUCUCCUUUGGGCUCUAUGGCCUCCUUUAUGUCUACGAGCGUCUCACCUGGACCACUAAGGCCAAGGAGAGGGCCUUCAAGCGCCAGUUUGUGGAGUAUGCUAGUGAGAAGCUGCAGCUCAUCAUCAGCUACACCGGCUCCAACUGCAGCCACCAAGUCCAGCAGGAACUGUCUGGGACCUUUGCUCAUCUCUGCCAGCAAGUUGAUGUAACCAGGGAGAAUCUGGAGCAGGAAAUUGCCGCCAUGAACAAGAAAAUUGAGGUUCUUGAUUCACUUCAGAGUAAAGCCAAACUGCUCAGGAAUAAAGCUGGCUGGCUGGACAGUGAACUGAACAUGUUCACACACCAGUACUUGCAGCCUAGCAGAUAGUGGGCAGUCCGGAGCAGAGCUGCAUGGAGGAGGGGCCGUGCUGCCAGUGUCAGCGCCGCAAGAGUGAACGCCCACUGUCUCAUGCCGUUUUGAGCCCUUCAGUGCUAGUUAUUUAUCCCCUCCUUCACCUGCUAUUGCAGGAAGAUCUGGCUCAGACCCUCAAGGUGGCUUUUAGCAAUGACUAAGGACUGCAUGGUACCAGGGAGUUAAGUUGAGGCUCUUUGCUUCAUUGGGUUCAGUUGACAAAGUCUUGGGACACCAGCAUUGCCGAACGACUGAUUGAGGCCCUCAGGAGUAUCAGGCAGACACUCCACCUUCCUCUGGCCUGCACACCUGCCUGUUCUACUCCAGCAUGCCUACAGCAAGGCUUUGGCAGGGCUGUCUGGAUUUUUCUUCCCAGAGGCACUGGAAACAGUUCCAGAAAGGCUGGAUCUAUUGUGGAAGGACUGGGGGUUCGUGUCCGUUUGGUCCUUCAGCUUUAAUGCUUCGUGCUCUUGCAGAGCCUUUCAGACAUGACUGCUGGCGAGUGCAGUAUGGCUCGGGCUGUAGCCUGAGGCAGGCCUGUGCACAGGCAGAGGGAAGAUGCUGCCAAGGUGGCUGGAGUAGUGAGUAGCUCAGAGGAGAGGGGUGUGGCGGAUCUGUUGGGUUUGUGUGGUGCUAUUGGAGCAGGUGAGCAUCACCAUGACCAGGAGGGACCUUCCUCCCUUCUUGUCCUUGUGUCCCUUGCUCGUUUCAGUCGUGGACCUGUGGAGUCCUGCAUUAUUAUUGGUGAGAGAUGUCCGGUCCAAGAGGCUAGAGGAUGUAGUAGAGGGAAGGAUGGCGGAAGUGGGGACCUUGGCAAUAGGAGGGAAGUGGGCACAGCUUAGGAUGGCCAAAGAGGGUGGAGUUGGCAUAGAACAUGGUCCUGUGUUUGACCUUGAUCUGUGAGGGGCUCCUGGGCCGCAGAGCCCCCACCCCACUGGCUUGAUUUCAUUCACUAGAGACCUCUGGAAAGACAUAUCCCAUCCCCCCAGCCCCGCCUUGCCCUAAGCUGCCCCCAGUCCUCUGGGCUGCUUCCUGUGACAGUGACUCUGCAGUUGGCUGAGCAUAUGGGAACCAGCACUGUCCUCCCUCCCUCCCUGGCCAGGGCCUCCAGCAGACACACUUUGGCCUCAUGUUCACUCUAAGAAAUGUUUCCUGUUGUUGAGUUUUGGAAUUGUUAGUGGUUGAAGUGGGGGCAGUUCCUGUCACCAGGGUGCUAACUGUCUGGGAACAGCAGCACUGGUGUAAGAGCCUUGCAGUGCAGGUCAGAGAGCUUCCCAGAAGCCAGCACCACCUCUCUCAGAAAGGAGCCCACAGGGCUGGGGCUCAGCACGGAGACGGAGUUUUGUUCUGCCUGGUUUUGAACCUGUCAGUCUUCGUGGAAGUGAGUUGAUGGCCUCUGAGUGCUAGUGGGUGGCCACACAGGAGACUUCCUCUUUAUAUACCUGCGUAUCCUACAGUCCCUCGGUCUGCCCAUCGUGUAGGACACAGUGAUGGCCUCCGCCAAGGCUGACGUGCAGAAGGGGACACCCUGAGCACCUUGGCAGGCCUGGGUGGAUGGGCAUUGCCUCCCAGGUGUCAGGAAGCCACUGUCACACAACUCCAAUGAAUUCUGUGCUCUUUUUGGAAAAAAAUUUUGAAUAAACAUAAAUUUUCUCAAUGUAGCCCCUGGGGAAUGAAUGAAAUUUUAGACUUCUUAUAAAUUAAAUAUAUACCACCAAGGGAGAGACCCUUUCUGAAAGAAGUGUGGCAGAAAGCACUUUAAUUUGAUGCUGCUAACUUUGUUCUCUGUUUCCAUGUUCAUUUGCUGGUGUGCAAGACCUGCUUGACACAGUGGGUUUCCUCUCAGAUGUAUUUAAGGUGACAUAUUUGCCUGAAUCACUCCCGUAUUACUGGUGAUAAUAUUGGAAACUAAAAUAAAACCUAGUUGGAAACCUCUGGGGA